AUGACUGUUAUAACUUGGUGCUGGAAGAGGAUACGGCGUGCGUAUGCGGCGUGCAAGCCCGUCAUAUCAUGUUGCAGCGGCGGAAACGUCGACAUUAUGGAUCACAUCCAUCAAGUAGAUUUACCAACAAGAGCGGGAGAGCAAAACCCGUCGAACCAGCUCCUGCAGAACGUCGGUCCGUUGUCGCAACAUCGGCGCCGGCCGGACGUCCAGCCGAUAAGCAUGCGACGAUUCGCCGACCCGGAAAAAGGGGCAGCUUUGUUCAAGGCCUGCAAGGAGCUACAAGUGCCGAUCGGCGAAGACGGCUACGACGAUGGCAGUGGUCCUGCAUCAGAGACCCACCAGAAAACAGCGCGGGUCGAACCGAAAAAAAAUAAAAUCGAUAAUACCACCGACCCGCAGCAGCGAUAA